UUUACAUAAAUGCACCAUGCGCAUAAGCUCAGCUCGCCGGUCGAGCUCCCUGCUUCCAUGGCCCUCGGCUUCUCCAGCUGCCGGUGCUUGCCCUCUGCCAUGGCCGCGCCGGAUUGAAGCCCCUGCCAUGGCACUUCGCUUCCUCUGCGACGUUCUCCUCCCUCUAAUCUUUCUGCUCGCCGGCAGUAAUAUCCAGUCGCGCCCUGGGUUUGCCCGAAGCUAUAAACGCCCGGUCGAUCUCCCUGCUCCAGCGCUGCGCCCGACUCCAGCCAGCUCUGCUCCUCUUUCUCUCUGCUCGGCGUCCUUCCUCUGCCCGCUGAGUCCCUCCAUCGCCUGGCCGCGCCCAGCUUCUUUGCUCCGUGCGCGCGCCUGCUCCUAUGCGGCGCGGAACUUCCUCUGCGUCCAGGUCCCUCAGCUCGCGUCCAUGCCGCGGCGUCCUGGUCCCUACUUGACCGUGUCACUCUGCGCUCGCGUCGCUGUCUGGUUCCGAGCGCCUGGGUCUUCUUUCCCCUGCGCUCGGUCAUAGUCGCUGCGAGCCGUGAAACUCCCUGUGUCGAGCUCGGAUCCCUGCGCAGCGGAGCUUUUCCCCUAGCCAAGAUCGUCAUUGCGCGCAGAUUUUCUUUGCUGCUCGCCGCGCUCGAUUCGUCGUGCGCUGGGCGCUGUCCGGCGCCGGUAUUCGCCGACCCCGCCUCACCAUGGGUGUGUGUCAUCAAUCUCGCCCUGUUCUGUCCACUCGAUGUCGCGUGCUUCUGUGCCGUUUGCUACGCUUGGCACAUCCGUGCCAUUCGUGUUCGACAUGUCCCUGGCACGGUUGUUUACAGCUGCUCGGAUAAACUUCUCUGUUUCGGCGUGUUCGCCAUCGACCGCCCCCGGUGCUCGACGAAUGGCUGGAACCCGGAAUUCGUCGUCGUUUCUCAUCCGCGAUCUCGUCAACCUCUGCUCGACAAGUGUUCGAUGAAGGGCCUGAGCCAAGUGUUGUUGCUACUUCCACGAAUUUCUCAUCGAAUUGGUAAUAGUACUCUAGCUCGCUACUCCUACUAAUCAAUUAAUUCGAUGAAUAUAUUGGAUGAAUAUUACCCGCGACGUUAGAAUCAGAUACUUGUGAUGUGCUGUAGUAAUUAUCUGUAUUUCAUUGUAUAUGUUUGAUGUUAGGUUAUUUCUCUACGGGAUAGGAUAUUGUAUUUCGAUAUUUAAUCUCGUCUGGUAUGUAGACUUGUUAGGUGUUCGAGAAAAUGUCUGAAUUAGAAAUCGUUGUUGUUAUCAGGUGUUGAGUCAAAUAUGGUCCCAAUGAGCUGUGCCGUUUUUAUUGCUAUUAGAAUUGAUGAAUGGUUCGAUUAAAUA